AGCACAUGUGGCUUGUGUGAGCCGGGUUUGCUGAUCGAGUCGCCACGUGAAAGUAACGUCACUCCUGGCAAUACAAUUGUGCUAUCCCAUCGCGAGCAGUUGAAGAUGCUGCAGAAGAAGUAUGGCUUGGAGAAGGAGAAAUUUGUAGAGGCUAAACAAAAUACGGGCAGCUAUAAUGAUCGUGCCGCAACAAGACGCAUACAAAUCGGCAGCUCAACUGAUGGCGAGAAAACGCAAACAGCUUCGAUUAAUACUGAGAUAUCUUCCGAGAAUAAAGGUUUCAAAAUGCUCUCUAAACUUGGUUGGAAUAAGGGCGAAACUCUGGGCAAGGCUAAUGAUGGCUCAGCCCUCUUAGAACCGAUCAAAGUCUCGUCAAAUGAAGGUAAAAAAGGUUUGGGUUGUGCAGAGGCCCCUUCGGGUAGAGUAGCCCUUUCCAACGCUGACAAGCGUAAGAUUUCAAUUCGGCAGAAGACACAGGCACGUUAUCAGCAAGCCGACAUUUUCGGAGAUAGUGAAGAUAGUUCUUAAUGCGUUAAAUUACUUAUUAUUCAUGGCGUUGUGUUUAAAAUAGUUUAAAUAAUAAAGCAGCAGUUGUUAUAACAACUCAUAUGAACAAUGUG